AUGGCCAAACGAGAUUAUUUUGAUGUGCUAAUUGUUUGCCCUCGGGAGUCAGAUCUCCAGGUGGCACUUGAUGUGUUUCAGCACGAAACAAGCAGCACGUUUGAAGGAGCUCACACUGAUCUUCCUUACAACGUCCGUUUAUGUCGUGGAUGGAACGGUUUGCCAUUUACUAUUGCCAUGGUAGCUCAGAUAGAAUGUGAUGGCAUUGAAACCAUGAAGCUUGUUGCCGACUUGGCAAAGCAUUUCUCUGUUGGUUUGAUUGCGAUGACGGGCAUUUGUUCAGGAGAAGAAGACAGGAACAAAGGAAUAGAGUAUGGGACAGUUGUGGUGGCGAAGAGAACGACAACGGAAUGUGAGGGGUUGAAGAAGGCAGACGGAACUUUUCAACCUCGUGCUCGCUACAUAAAAUUGAAUAAAACGCUGUUUCCGUCAUUAAAUGAGCUUGUCCAGACAAGAAAGAAUCGCAAGUGGUUAUCAUAUGUUCCUGAUAAAUUAUAUCGUCCUAGUCCACGAUAUGUAAAGGACUUGUUGCUGAAGUGUGUUUUAGACCAACAGCCAAUUGCAAAGAAGAUGCUUCUAACAAAUGUGGUGCUCAAGCUUCCAAGCCUCACUAAACUCAACAUCAACGAGACCUUGGAGAAGAUGCAAAAAGAACAGGAACCAUUGGUGCAUGGAGAACGUACAACUCGAGAAUACAAGUCAACUAAAGCAGGAGAGCUGUAUCCUCAUGACCAAGUCGAAUUUCCUUGUGAGGACAAUACCAUUACUGUUAUAGCUGCAUCAAUAGGAUCAAUGUCAAUGGAGACUGAGAAACUUGACACAGAAAUGAGAGAAGUGAGACUGCGUAUGGCAGAUCACGACAUCAAAGCUAUUGAUAGAGAAUCUCAUUUCUUUAUGGAACAAGCAACAGCCAGCUUCAGCCCAGGAUUGCCAGCUGUGAUGAAAGGAAUAUCUGAUUAUGGUACCGAGGCCAGCAAGCUGAGCUAUUAUGAACCUUAUGCUACUUGUACAUCAGCUGCAUUUUUGAGACAUUUUAUCACUGAAAAGAAGUCUGUCAUCAGUCGUUGGUCAAGGGAAAGUCAGCUCUUUGAUUUGUCUGCUGUUGUGGAUGGCUUUUGGCGUGAUUUGGCAAAACGUUUGAACUUGAGCAAUGAUGAUAUUGAAAUGGUAGAAUUGGAGGUUCAUACGAAGAGAGAGCAAGCACAUGGCAUGCUAUGCAAAUGGCAUCUCAAGUUUGGAGACAAUGCAAAAAUAGAGAUUGUGAAGGAGGCGAUGAAACACAUUGAAGAAAAGAAUGAAGCUGAAGCUGUUAACAGUACAGUGUUUCCUAUUCAGCUAAUGGAAGAAAAACAAUUUUGUGGGCGCAAGAUAGAAUUGACAAGUUUGGCCAACACACUGUGGGGAGGAAAACCUCCAGAUGUGUGUACUGCAUUUGAGUUUUGUUGUGUGGUGGUUAAAGGAAUGGGUGGAAUGGGGAAAUCAUCUUUGAUUGCUAAAUAUGCAUUGCUAUGGAAACACUUGUAUAGCAAUGGAGUGCUCUAUUUUAAUGCAGAAUCAUGGGCGACACUUACAAGCUCAGUCAUAUACAAUCUCUCAGUGUUGUGUCUAACUUCCGUUGCAUGUCGACAAAGUCAAUUUGAAAACAUCAGCAACAAUCCGUUAGAAGUUAUCAAUGAAGAGCUGCUUGAUCACGUCAACAAGCGUCACAAAAUGCUGCUGGUUUAUGAUGGUGCAGAUGAUCUCUCAUUCUUGCCUAAAGUUCUUCCUCGCUCGUCUUCUCGUGUCCACGUAUUGAUCACAACUCGAUGUGAUGAUUGUUCAGCGUUGCAGCAAGUAAGUCAUGUCAUCUCUCUUGGUUGUUUGGAAGAUGAAGAUGCUGUGUCAGCUCUAUCCAAAUGGUCUGGUCGCCAACCAUUCAACAGUCAAGAAAAAGCAGCAAUAACUAAGUUAGCGAUCCGGCCUCCCAUAGAAAAGCUACCAAUUGCUCUUGCUCAUGCAGGCACAUAUGUGAGAAAGGCUCGUCUUAGUUAUGAUGAAUAUUACAAAUUGCUGCAAACAGAAGAAGUAAAACUUGAGGCAUUGGCAUUGGAUUUCGACAAGCUUUUGCGUUACUUCAAUGCCGGUUGCCUUCAUGAAGAACUCUUGCUAGCUCGUUUAAGUAAUCCUGCUGAUUUGAAAAGGUUGACCGACAUGGAGAUUGAUGGAUUGAAUAUGAGUGAACGCAACAAAAAUGUUGUCAAAUAUAUGAGAAAUUUUUUGUCUUCAAGUCAUGUUCAUCUGACGUGGCAGAUGGACAUUGACUUGCUGGCAAGAGAGAAUCCAAAAGCAUUGUCACUCCUUAAGUAUGCAUCAUUUCUGUCUUCAAGGGACAUUCCAGAGAAGCUAGUUCGUCCUCUCGUGUUUCGUGAUGCUGCUCAGUAUGAGUACAGUUUGUGUGUCUCAGCUUUGUCUUCACACAAUUUGGUUGAAUGGUUCGAGACUGCAGGAGGUUACACUUUAAAUAUUCAUCCAUUGGUGCAGUCAACAGUGAUGGAACGCAUGCAUCAGCAACUCGGUGAGACAGAAUGUAAACUAACUGACCUUUGCAAACGUUUGUUCUCUCAACUUCCUAAAUGCGACAAAGAUUUUAUGACUUUCCCAGCUGAUGAUCGAUCUCAACUCGUUUCUCACUUGUGUUCUUUGGCUAAAAAUGUGUUGCUAGCUGGUGUUGUAGAAGAGACCUGCUUAAGCUUAGCCUUGUACGCAGUGAAUAUAUCCAUGCAUUUUCAGCCAGCUGAGAUGACUUGCUAUUUGAGUGAAAAAUUGUGCAGCUUUAUAAGUCAGUCACAGUUUGAAUUAGACGAAGACAAGUACUUGAUUUUACUAUCAGCAAUGAACAUGGUGGGAGGGGCACAUUAUCAGAAGUUGAAGGUAAAAGAGGCACUAGCUGUGGCGAUGGAAGCAAAGAAGAUUAUUGAUGGGUUAAGACAAGACCAGAGGAAUGAUCUGUAUGGACAACAUAGAAAUGUGCUGUUGAAUAUCAUCGGUUGCUAUCAGCUGCAAAGAAACUUUGAAAAGGCAGUAUUUUAUCUAAAAGAGCUGAAGUCGCAGUUGAAAAGUACUGGGAAACCACUAAAGAUUGAAUAUGCGGAAAUUGAAUGCAAAAUGGGAGAAAUCUACUAUUAUUGGGAUAAACUGGACAAGGCGAAUGAAUUCUUUCUACGGGCCUUGGAAUACGUGGACGAGCUAGAUGAAUGUGAGCAGAUGGACAUUAUGAGAGAGCUAGGAACGUAUUUUAUAAAAAUGAAAGACUUCGAGAAGGCAGCUGAGUUAUUGAAUGCGUCACUUGACAUUCUUCGCAGAACCACUCCCAACGACCUCAUCGAGAUUUCUGGAAUUUUGACUACGAUUUCAGAAUGUGAACUUGGCAGAGCUAAUGGAUCGAAAGACAGACUUACUAGGGCAUUGGAAUUAUCAAAAGAAGCCUUGGUUAUAUUGGAGUCUCUAGUACCACCAGAGAGUUUUUCUAUUUAUGUUUGCAAACGACAAGUUGCAAAAUGCUACAGGAAUUUAGGAAACAUGGAUGCGUGCUUAAGAGUACUGAAUGAAUGCAUAGACGUUCAAGAAGCACAUAUGCCGGAUUCACGUAGAAUUUUAUGUAAUGUAAUAGACCAAUUAGGAGAUGUACACUUGCGUGAAGACAAUCUGGCUGAAGCUCUCAAGUGGCGCAAGAAGGCACUAGAGCUGUACCAUCAAUCGCAGGAUUCUUCAUAUGAUGCGGAUGUUGCUUCUACUCAUGACUGGAUCGGUGAGAUAUAUCUUGAGAUGGCGAACUACAGUGAUGCUCUAAAGCAUUUUAAACAGUGUCUAGAUAUUCUAGAACAGAAGCAUUUACCAACUGAUUCAGUCUAUUUGUCCCUUGCACUUGUUCAUUGGAAGAAGUUUGAAAGUUUGCAAAAGGAGAAAAUUUUGGAAAUGUCACACGUUUAUGAAGCACAAGAUGCAUUUAUGAAAUCUCUCAAAGUACUGUUAUAUAUUCCAAGUUCUAGUCAAGACGACUCGAGCAUGAAAUGUUUGAUGUGGCUCGGAAGGACAUAUGAGAUAAUAAUUGAUAACGAAACUGUCAUGAACAAGGCUACUGCACUAAGACUGAUAGCAAGGAAAGCAUAUGCUAGAAGAGAUUAUGCAAGAGCCAAGAAAUUGCUUUACAUGGAAAAGAAAGUUCGACUCGGUGCUCGGUCUCUAGACCAAAUGGCAAGAGCAAUAGUACUGCACGACAUCGGUUUAUGUCAGUUGCGUCUUUUGAAGUUCGACAAAGCUGAAAAGAUGUUUUCUAGCACACUGAAACUUGUUCAAGAAUUGAGACCCGUAGAGCAUAAAGAUCUUUAGAUUUCAUACGUCAGAAAUCUCAUUAGGUUACUUCAGCUGAGCAAAUUGAUUAAGACACUAAGUGAAGAUACUCUACGGCUUAACUAGAGUAAAACAUUAGCUAAAUUUUGCUGUCUUAGAUAACCUUAUCUUAUGAAAGACAUUCUUAUGAUUAGAGUCAUGCUAACUGCACCAUUAGAGAUAUUGAAAUAUAUAUACUCACAAAAACUAAA